AUAAACAAACACAUGAAAGGUACCUCCAGAAAUCUGCCGCUUUGUUCUCUCAGAUCUCACGCCUCAACAGAGAACCAGUGAUAAAAUCUGUGAAUCAAAAUGCUUGCAAUUUUCCAAAAAUGCCUCGCCCACCCCCCUGAAGAGCUCAACAGCCCCCACGCCCAUGGCGGCAUCAAGAAAUCAGCCAAGCAGCCACAGGAAAUCCUUCGCGACUUCCACUUAUACCAUCCCACCGCCUCCUUCUCCGCCAGCUUCAGCGGCGGUGCUGCCAUCGCCUCCGCCGGUGCUGACCCCCGCUGUUCACCCUUACAGCAAAGGUUGUUCUGCGGCCUGGACGAAGUCUACUGCAUUUUUGUGGGCAGAUUGGAUAAUCUGAGCUCCCUUAUAAGGCAAUACGGCCUCUGCGGCAAGUCGUCAAAUGAAGCAGUUCUCGUCAUCGAAGCCUACAGGACGCUCCGCGACCGCGGGCCGUACCCGGCCGAUCAGGUCGUGAAAGACCUCAUCGGCUCCUUCGCCUUCGUCAUCUUCGAUAACAGAGUCGGAUCCGUUUUCGCAGCACUGAGCGAGGACGGGAAAAUACCUCUGUAUUGGGGAAUCGCGGCGGAAGGAUCCGUUGUCAUCUCCGACGAUGUUGAUGUGAUUAAGGGCGGCUGCGGCAAGUCCUUCGCGCCAUUUCCUCCAGGGUGCAUGUUUCACAGCGAGGGUGGGCUGAAGAGCUUCGAGCGGCCGAUGAACAAGAUGAAGGCGAUGCCUAGGGUUGAUAGCGAGGGGGCGAUGUGCGGAGCGUUCUUCAAAGUUGAUUCCUGCGCCAAAAUCAGCUCCAUGCCGAGGGUUGGAAGUGCAGCUAAUUGGAGUUCCUGGGAAGAGAAGCUUUGAUCUUUGUGUUUUGUGGUUACUAAAUCUGAACAGUUUCAAUUUCUGCCUGUUAUGUUCUAUUGUUGUCUUAUUUAGGUGGAAAUAACCCUUAUUGUAUUUACCAAAUCAGAAUAUAUUUCAAUAACAAUUCUAUGUAAGAUAAAUAUUAUUUUGCCCUAAAAGAUCAUGCA